CUUAUGCAUGGCUGGAUUAGGUGAAUGUUGUUCACACGUAGGAGCAGUCUUUUUUUAUUUGCAGCAUGCAUUUAAUUUAAAAAGUACAAAAUCAGUUACAGAUGUCUAUGCAUAUUGGGCAACACCAUCUCUUGACAAAUCUAUCCCUAGUAAAAUAAGUGAAAUAAACUUUAAUCAUCCAAAGAACAUGGCUUCCACACAAUCCAAAUUGAAACCAAAAUCUAGUUAUAUACAAAAUUUACCUAUAACACUGAAUGAUUCAAAUACAUUAAAAAAUUUCUUAGGAAAAUUACAAACCAUUAAUAGUCAAGCUAGUAUUUUGAAAGUUGUAACACCAUUUAAUUUAAAAUUUGUAAAAAAUAAUUUUCCAAAAANUUGCUGCCCCCGACUUGAAACUCUGCGCACGCCUAUGACCAUGAUGGUGCAUCCAUUUAAAUAA